AAUUACAGUGUAAGAUGGGUGCAUUUCAAUCGCUGAUAAAAUCGGCAUCAAUGCUAGAAAAGGUCCUUGAUGGCCAUUUCCUGACACUAAAUACCUAUGUUGAUAUAAUUAAACAGUUGUCAAGUUUAAUUAUCUACCGGUGUGAGAGAUACAGACGAUCAAAGUUGAUCAUUUUAACAUGGGGAGCAAUGGAGUUUACAGAUUGUUUUACCCUAGUCCGGGCGUGGCGGCCAUCUUGUGACGUCAUGCCGACUGUAAGAAUGCCUCGUUUGUUGCUCACGUUCAGCUUUGGCUGCUUGACCUAGAUUUGUUGAUAAGUGUCGCUUGCAUCAAAUACAAUGCGCAUUUUAUAAAGCUGUAAGCGGCGUUAAUCACAUGCAUUGAAAGUGGGACUCUACUUGUCAAGUCUAUCUAAAUGUAGUUUAUGGACGUGGUAACCAACUCGUUUUGAUGAACGAGAAAGAUUUUGCGCCGCUUACGGCGGCAUGUGUCCGGGCAUUGAAUGACAAACUCUACGAGAAAAGAAAAGGAGCUGCCCUUGAAAUCGAAAGACAAGUGAGAGAAUAUGUUGCUACUAACAACAGAGAGGAGAUCACCCGGGUGCUGCAGGUGUUGGGGGGCAAAGACUUCUCUACCUCGCAGAACCCCAAUGGAAGGAAAGGAGGCUUGAUUGGCAUGGCUGCCACUGCCAUCGCACUGGGGAAGGAGUCCAGUCUGUAUGUAAGGGAGAUGGUCAAGCCUACUUUGGCCUGUUUCUAUGACCAGGAUGGACGAGUGAGAUACUACGCAUGCGAGGCUCUGUACAACAUAGUCAAAGUGGCCAGAGGAUCUGUUCUUCCUUUGUUUAAUGAUAUUUUUGAUGGGUUGAGCAAGCUGGCUGCUGACCCUGAUCAAAAUGUUAAGAAUGGAUCUGAACUUUUAGAUCGUCUAGUGAAGGACAUUGUCACAGAGAGUAGUUCAUUUGACCUGGUGUCUUUCAUGCCAUUGUUGAGAGAUAGAAUUUACGUGAGGAAUGCAUUCGCACGACAAUUUCUGGUGUCUUGGAUUUCUACUCUUGAUGCAGUGCCAGAUAUAGAAAUGAUUGUCUUUCUGCCUGAGAUUCUAGACGGACUUUUCAACAUUCUUGGGGAUGAAAAUGAUGAAAUAAGAAAAAUGUGUGAGGCCUGCUUGGGCGAGUUCCUACAAGGUAUUCACAAGGAGCGGUCCAAAGCAGAUUUUGCUGCCAUGGCCAAUGUACUUGUCAUGCACAGUCAAUCAAAAGACCCCCUUAUACAACACACUGCCCUGUUGUGGCUGAAGGAUUUCUUGCAGCUCUCUGGGAGAGUUAUACUGCCCUAUGCCUCAGGUAUCAUUACAGCAGUACUGCCUUGCCUGGCCUACGAUGCCAGUAGAAAAAAUACCCUAGAAGUUGCAAAGAUUGUCAACUCCAACAUGAUCAGUUUGAUAGCUGCAGAGGCUGACGCGGGAGCCCAGUCCGCAGAGCAAAAAGUGCAUUCCACGGGCGGAAAAGAUGAAGUGAAAGAGGGAACAAAGUCUGAAACAGAGUCUGCUGCUACAAAAGUGGCCACAAGAACUGGUGUGUUCACAUUCAGUAAGGUUCAGGGUGUCAGCGAUGACCUCUUGCUGGACGUCGGCGCCGUGGUCCGAGUGCUGAUGAAAUAUCUGUCCCAUGAGGCCAUAGCCACCAGAGAGGCUUCGCUACGUUGGAUUUAUCACCUCCUGCAGAAAACACCAGAGAAGAUGUUUUGCUUUGUGGAUGACUUCUUUCCAUUGCUGAUGAAAACACUGUCUGAUCCAUCAGAUGAGGUUGUCCUGCUGGACCUUGAGGUCCUGACCGAAGUUUCCUCCAACCCCGCGGGUAAUAAUAUCACCCUGAACUACGAGGAGAUGGGAUUGCCCAGCCAGGCCAAGGUGACCAAACCCACUGGGCUGAGUGCUUACUUUGUGAAGUUUAUGGUCAUUUUGCUGGACUCUUUCAACAAGGACAAGCAGCUGCUGGAGGACAGGGGGUCUUUUAUUAUAAGGCAGCUGUGUCUGAUGUUGAAUGCAGAGGCCAUCUACAGAAGUUUCUCCGAGAUUCUUCUUCACGAGAAUGAUCUCCGCUUUGCCUGUCACAUGGUGCAGACACUGAACAUCAUCUUACUUACCUCAACAGAGCUUUUUGAUCUGAGGAAUUUACUCAAGGAUUUAAAAAAUGAAGAGAGUUGUUCCCUGUUCUGCUGUCUGUAUCACACAUGGUGCCAUAGCCCUGUUGCCACUGUCUCACUGUGCUUCCUGACACAGAACUAUGAACAUGCCUCAAAUGUACUUCUACUGUUUGGUGAUGUGGAGGUGACGGUGGAAUUCCUGGCAGAAAUUGACAAACUGGUGCAAUUAAUUGAAUCCCCAAUAUUUACAUACCUUCGCCUCCAGUUGUUAGACCCUCAACUCAACCAGUCUCUGAUCACAAGUUUGUACGCACUGUUAAUGCUUCUGCCGCAGGGGGAUGCCUUCAGAACGCUACGCCAUCGCCUGGAGUGUGUGCCCAGCUUUCAGUACCAGGUGGAAAAAAAAACCAUAAGUGGAACAAAAUCAAAGAAAACAACGAAAAGUAUAGACUUUAAGAAACUGCUAGAGAUAUUUAGAGACACUCAAGAAAAACAUAGGAUGUCCAAGAAAACAACCAGAAGAAAAGAAACUGCAAGACAGUUAAAAAUAGAUAAAGUAUAGCACCAUUUGGUGGUUUAUAAAAAUAGAUUAAGUAUAGCACCAGUUUAUAUAAUAUUCUGUGAUUGGAGUCCCGCUAUAACAUUUAUUUUUACAACCACUUUAAACUAUUUAUUUAUUUAUUUAUUUAAGGAUGAUUACAGCACAAAA